CCAUCUUUCUUCAUACUCCGUAGUACCCGAGAAAUCAAAACAGAAAAAGAAAGAUUUAAGCAAAAUAUUGGAUUUGCUGAUAAAGAUGGCUUCUCUUGUUCUCCUUAUAUGUGAGCUAAUCAAACACGAAAGCCUGGACAAUUUGCUUUCAUCUUCAUCUUCUUCCUCCACCAAAUCCUGUGCUGCAAUGGUGCCAGCAGCAGCAGCAGCUGGGAAAUCUAAAGAUUCGAUGGGAGCUGCAAAAGAGGAGGAGGUGGAAGAGGCAAUAUCAAUAAUAAUGCCCAAGAUGUGUGUUGACUUGCUAUGGCCUUAAAAGUGUCUGGUUGAGAUUUGAGAAUAUGAAUAUAUAUGUGGAAUUAAAGUGUCAUUUUUCAUUAAGAUUUUCCGUCCAUGAUUAUGGAUUUG